CGCGAUGACGGAGCCUCACGGCGCUCAAUAUGCCCUCCAGAUUGCAGUACAUACUUUAAGAGAGAGAUGCAAAGCUCUGCAACAACGGGUUGUUUUAUUAGAAGAAGAAAAUGUGGGUUUAAGAGUUCAGUGUAACAGAUAUGAGGAUAAGGAACAUUCACUGAAUGAAGUUGACGAGUUAAGAGAGAGGUUGACGCAACUCACAGAACAAAAAGAACAGCUGAGUGAAAAGGUUAAGAUGGUGACCAGUGAGAACCAAGGUUUGUGGAAUAAACUCAGUAAAAUUACAAAAGUUAAUAGGAGUCUAGGUAGUCAAUUAAAUAAAAUCAGCGAUACGUUGGUGCAGCAUGCAGGCGGUACCAAUGCAACUCCGAUCACCCUUAUAAGAUCCAAGACAUUCACAAAAAAUGAAUUGCAGACAAAGGUUUUGCAAAAGAAUUUAGAGGAAAACGACAAAAUCAGUUUGGAACUAGAAGACAUAUCCUUGAAGUUGUCAGACAGUUUUUCUAAGCAAAAAAAAGAGCUUGACAUGAUGUGUAGAGACAUGGAAGAGGCUCAGAGUUCUAAUGAUAUUUUGAAAGAGAACUGUGGGUUUUUAUAUGAUGAUGAGCUUGAAGACGGCCUCAUCGACGAUGUAAAGAACGCUAGUGAUGAUCUAAAAAUCAUGAAAGAUAUUGUUUUAAGUCAGAGACUUGUUUUGAUGAAAAAUAUUAAAACCAUUACUGACCUAAAAGAAAAAUUACAAUCUGAACCAUGCCAGUCUAAAUCAGAGCUGUGCGAUAAAUUCACUUCUACUGUGGAUCUCGUCAAAAAACACUGCGAAGACAAAAGCACAGAAACGGAAAAAGUCAUAGAUAAGCCAGAUACGUUGAAACCGGAGUACCACGCAUCCAGCUUGGAAAAAAUUUGCCCGUUGUGUUCGAAAAAUUUUCAAAGAGAGGUUGACUUUAGUAUAUUCCAACAGCAUGUGGAAGAUCAUUUCGUCCCCGACAUGGAAUCCUAUGUAUUAUAUUAAUUAGGUUCGUCUAGGAAUUAAG